AUGAUAGCCGAGAUCAGCUCAGCUUCGGGUUUGUCACUUUGCAUCAUCCGGCACCAGUUCGUGGAUUGGAAUGGAGACGAGCAGGCGGAAACGGGUUUUUUGACUGCUGUGCUGAUGACUUGGUGUGAAGACAACACAUCUCGGAUUUGGAAAGAAACGCCAGCGCCUGAGUUGGCUAUGAUUGACUUGAGUGGAGAUGGAGGUGAGCCAUCCUGGGAAAAGAAUAGGCCGCGGAAAUUUUUCGGCAAACAUUUUCGUGUCAAGAAGACGAGAAACAAGAUCGUCAAUAAGCUCAAAGGGAUUGUACCGGAGAAAAAACGGAGAGGUGAAGAGCCUCCUCAUCCUCUGGGGCUGCGAGCGCAGAUUGGAAAGAGUCCUUCAUUUAGUGACUUACAAUUUGGGCAUCAUUCGUACACCAACAAGCAGUUUCACUUGGCUGCUACCAUCAAUGCAGAAACAGAUUGUAUGCUUGUUCCUUCAAUGGAAAAUGGUGGAGUACUGCAGAAGCCCUUAUGUGUUCACUGGCUGAACAACAAGGACCUCGUUUUCAGCAUUGGAGCGGACAAAUUGCUAGCCGAGUCCUUCCUCUCAGACAGUGAUUCGAAUAGGAGUCUGUUGCGAGCUUCUAGCACAGUAGGAGCGAUUUUGUUGAAUUUACGAUGA